UUCGGGGGUGAAAUUGGGGCGGGGGGGCGGGGUGUGCGGCAGCCGCCGGCAGCGGCAUGUGGAGCUCUGCCGGGAGCAUGCUCCAAUUGCUCCCCAGGCUCCUCAAAUACGCGGCUUUGCAGAGCCGGCGGCAGGAGGUGCUGACCCGCUGGGGCCCGCUGAGGGCUGGAGGAGGCGGCGAUCCUGUGGACCGGCUCCCUCGGGGGGGCGGCGGCGAAAGCACCGGGGCUGCGGGCACGCUUCUCAGCCCCUAUCAGGAGCGCAACAGUUUGCAGUCGGACUUGGAGCUUCCUGCCCCGGGCGGCUCUUAUCCCGCAAACAGUAACAACAGCUGCAGCGGCGGACCCGGCGUCGCCGAGGUGAGGACCUGGCGCUACUGCUGCCUCCUUGGCACCUGUUGGUGCAAGAGCUUCCUGCUGGUUUGCGCCCUGGCGGCCCUCUGUUUCUUCUCUCUGGCCCUGGUCCGCCACUAUUUGCAACAUCUUCUUCUGUGGGUCGAGAGCCUGGACAGCCUGCUGGGUGUGCUCCUCUUCGUUGUGGGCUUCAUCGUGGUCUCCUUCCCUUGCGGUUGGGGUUACAUCGUGUUGAAUGUGGCAGCCGGAUACUUGUAUGGCUUCGUGCUGGGCAUGGGGCUCAUGGUGGUGGGGGUCCUCAUCGGCACCUUCAUUGCGCACGUGGUCUGCAAGAAGCUGCUGGCCCACUGGGUAGCCUCCAAGAUAGAAGGCAGUGAGAAGUUGAGCGCUGUCAUUCGAGUCGUGGAAGGGGGCAGUGGCCUAAAAGUGGUGGCUCUGGCCCGGCUGACCCCCAUACCUUUUGGCCUUCAAAAUGCAGUGUUUUCGAUUACAGACCUUUCAUUACCCAACUAUUUGAUGGCAUCUUCAGUUGGACUGCUUCCUACACAGCUCCUAAAUUCUUAUUUGGGUACCACCUUACGUACAAUGGAAGAUGUUAUUGCAGAGCAGAGUUUUAGUGGCUAUUUUGUUUUUUGUUUACAGAUUGUUAUAAGUAUAGGCCUCAUGUUUUAUGUAGUACAUCGAGCUCAAGUGGAAUUGAAUGCAGCAAUUGUAGCAUGUGAAAUGGAACUGAAAACCUCCAUUGUUAAAGGCAAUAAACCAAACACCAGUGGCUCUUCAUUCUUCAACAAGAGGACUCUAGCAUUUUCUGGAGGUGGAAUCAAUAUUGUCUGAGCUCAGCAAAAAAUGUAUAUAAUUAUUAAGAACCUGAUGUGUUGCGAAAUGCCUAGAAAUUACUUUAGUAAUGGACAGGUUAGAAAUUAAAAUUAAAGUUGUAUUAUGGCACAACCAGCUGACCAGUUCUUAAAUUGCACAAUGGAUUUUUUAGUUUUUAGGUGGAAGACCAUUAAAGGGUAGAGUUUAAGUCUAGAUGUAAUUUUGACUGCACCUUUUUACCAUUUAUUAUGCCUGUUGGGGCCUGUAGAUAUGCACUUUAGUGACUUUUUGUUUUGUUUUUUAAAAUUAUUUUAUUUCUGUGUACCUUUUAAAUGGAGAAAUAGCCCAUUAUUUUUCUUCUUUUUUUUUUUUUUUUAAUUUAUAAAUCUGUGAAUAACUGUAUGGAUUUUUCUUAUUGGUAAAAAAACCAUAAAAGUAUGCAAUUUAGUGUACAAUAUUCUUGAAUGUCCUUUGCUUUGGAAAUAUUUCUGGAACUGAUAAACAGUAUUUUAUAUAUUAUGGGACCAUUUGGCUUCCCCUUCCCUUUUUAUUUUAAAAAACAGACAUUGACUUUUGGUUGAAUGUAUUUUUGUAUAUCAUCAAAUCAUUGCAGGGCCAUUUAUGCAUAUUCACACAAGCUUAUAUCCUACAUUGUGGGACUGAAGUGCUCUUAAGAUAUCUUUUUUAUUUACACUGUGUAAUAUGCAAAGCAAAAGGGAAGCUAUAGAAUAGUUGAUGCAGUAUAUGACUUCAAAAAUGUUGGAAUUGAAACUCAUGAUCUAAUUGUGUUAUAGUGACAUAUUACCCUCACAAGUUCUUUCAUAAAAGGGCUGUUGCGUUGCAAUUCAACUUAAAAAAAUUUUUUUAAGAUAUCUAUUUUUUCUUUUUAGUUUAUAAAAUAUAUUUAAUUAGGCUUUUAAAAAAAAAAGGAGAAAUUUCUCCCCUUAAAAACGCUGGAAUUACUAAUACUAUACAUAUAACACAGGUGGCCUUUAAAAAUAAAAGCAAUGCCUUUUUUCAUGUAAAAUUAAGCUUUAAAUAAACUUUAUAGUAUAUUUUCCCCAGAUUUCAGCUUUAAAAAAUAACUAUAUUACUAAGUUACAUGUCCAAAUUUGGGGAUACUUUCCUCUUUAAAGAACAAAGUUUUUUUUGGUUUGUUUAUUUGUUUUUGUUUUGUUUUGGUAAGACACUCAGGAAUUCUGAAAUGUGAAAUUGGAAUAAACACGGGGUCUUGGUUCUUCAUUAUGUAGCCUGAAUAUAGUAUAUUCUGUAUAUAGCACUUACAAGUGUAGAUACUAUAUAUUGUUUUUAGACAUGUUUUUAUACAGUAGAUAUGCAUUCUUACCUGUUUAUCGACUUAUAUUUUAGCUUGAUUUUGAAUUUAUAAUUUGCUUUUUACAAAAUGAUUGUAUAUUUUUGUGUUAACUUAAAAUUAUGGUUUAUAUUAUUGGCUGUGAUGAGUCAACAGUCUUAUGACAGUGCCUCCUUUCCUUUGGCCUUUAGGGCCAAAAUUUUGCCACUGAUUUAACAAACAUACAUUCUAAAAGAAUAUUUUAGAGGCAAAGAUUCUAGCCUAAUUCUGGGGAUGCAUUUAAUAAUUUUAAUAUUUUUCCUUUUCAAUUUCAGUUUUACUUAAUGGUCCAUAUGUUAUAUAGCUCUCCCAUUUUGGAUCUUAUGAAUGUGUAAACAAAACUGGAUAGAGCUAAUAGUGAAAUUAAAAGACAAUCAGUGCAAAUGCUCCAGAAGCAUACAGAAUACAAAACUGGCUUCUGAUUUUUAUUUUCUAUUUUCUUGAAUCACUAUUAGAAGAGAAAGUUCUUUUAUGAUUUGAUACAAAAUCGUUUAGUAAAAAGUGAGUUUAUUCAACAGGUGUGAGUGACAUUAUGCCAUAAUUUAUGCCCUAGUUAGACUGAGCUGGUAAAAGAUUUUAACCAAUUUUUUUUUGUUGGUUGUUGUUGGUUGAUUUCUUUGAGUAAAUAAAGGUACGAUUAUAUUAACAAUUGUUUACAUUGCAAAUUGUUUAAAAAUUCACAAAGUAUGUAUUUUGAAGUGCAUUUAUUUACAUUUUUGUAACUUGAGUAACUUCAGGUUUUUGGUAGUUUGAAAUGAGUUCUUCCAGUUGCAUUUUGAUGGAUACUUGUAAUACUUGUGUACAGAUUAAAGAGUAAUGUACAUUUAAAAAGAUUUUUUUUCUGUAUCCUGCCAAUCAUGAUUUUAUAUAAUAAAUUCACUCAGAUUCCUUAAUGAAGAA